UUCUGAUCAUUUUCAUUUCCAGAGUUACAAUUCAAGUAAUUAAGCCUUUUUAUUUCUUAUUUCAGAUUCUCGAAUUUUCGAUAUAUCUGGGAUUGAUCAAAUUGAUGCAGUCACCAACAUGGGCACCAAAAACAUCCAAGCCAAGCUGGUGCUUCUCGGGGAUAUGGGAACAGGAAAAACAAGCUUAGUUUUGAGAUUUGUCAAGGGGAAGUUCUUCGAUUAUCAGGAAUCAACAAUUGGAGCAGCAUUUUUCACAGAGGUAUUGUCCUUAGAUGAAUCAAUUGUGAAGCUUGAUAUAUGGGACACUGCUGGUCAAGAACGAUACCAAAGCUUAGCUCCUAUGUAUUACCGCGGUGCAGCUGCAGCUGUCGUGGUCUAUGACAUUACUAGCAUGGAAUCAUUUGGGAAAGCAAAGAGAUGGAUUCAGGAAUUGCAGAGGCAAGCAAGCCCUCGCAUGUUCACGGCCUUGGUUGGCAACAAGGCAGACCUUGAUGAGAAGAGGGAGGUCGACAACGAGGAAGCAGAGGAAUACGCAAAGGAAAACGAAUUGAAAUUCUUUGAAACUUCAGCUAAAACUGCACAGAAUGUCAAUGAGCUCUUUUAUGAAAUAGCAAAGACAAUGGCAAGAACUUGUCCAUCGCGUUCAAGUGGAAUGCAAAUCAGACAAGAAGGUCGACCAGGAAUGUUUUGUUGCUUCAGUUGAUUGAUUUCUCUGGUGUUCACUGUUUAUUGCCAAUUUGUUGAUGAAUGACAUUGUUUCAAAAGACAGAUGCUAAAAUAUACCAAGUCAGAGGGCAGAACACUGCCUCGACAGAUACAUUGUGCAUUCUUAAGUCUUGUUCUCUUGUACUUGGCUGUAACUUUUACUAUGUUAUUGUGUGAAAAACUGAAAACCAUACACUUAAACCCCCAUACUGCCGAAAGUUUUAGAUCCUGAACAAAAUUCGCUUCUGAAUUGUUGUCACCCUACUAUUCACAAUACCAACACCCCCUAGAAGAGGGUUUCUAAACCUCAAAUGGCUUGCCUAUGGACACAAGUGAUCCAAAUACAACCAUCUUGAGUACCAACACAUAAUAUGUCAGUACCAAAAUGUAAAAUUACUUAGAAGUACCACCAAUACAAGUCAUAUCGUGUUAUUGAAUAAAAGUCAUAUCGUGUUAUUGGUAUUCACAUAAUUUGUAAUGGUACUAACAUAAAGAUUAGCAUUUGCAUUACUUGUAACAAUUACCCUACUCCAUUUUUAAAUCAAGAAGGCCGAAACCCACCUCCAGGGAUCCCACCGCUACCCUACUUGUUACUGGAUUCAUUAAUAAUUAAGUUUAUUGGUAUUGAUAAAAUUUUGUGGCUAAAACAGAAUCUGAAGCUUCUUUCUAGGGUUCAUACAAUAGAUUAAAGAGAUUUGUCCAUGUCCA